CACUAGGGUUUCAUUCGUCGCUCUCCUGCCGCGCCGAAGCUUUCAACUUCCCCAGUCGUAGCUCGAGGCCUCUUCGCGUUCUUCAAUCAUGGGGAAAACACGUGGAAUGGGAGCAGCUCGCAAGCUGAAGAACCACCGUAGAAGGCAAAGGUGGGCUGACAAGUCAUACAAGAAGUCGCAUCUUGGAAACGGGUGGAAGAAGCCAUUUGCCGGAUCUUCCCAUGCUAAAGGCAUUGUCCUGGAGAAGAUUGGUAUUGAGGCUAAGCAGCCUAACUCUGCCAUUAGAAAGUGUGCCAGAGUUCAGCUCAUCAAGAAUGGAAAGAAGAUUGCUGCCUUUGUGCCCAAUGAUGGUUGCUUGAACUACAUUGAGGAGAAUGACGAGGUGUUGAUUGCCGGAUUUGGACGGAAGGGUCAUGCUGUUGGUGAUAUUCCCGGAGUUAGGUUCAAGGUUGUGAAGGUCUCAGGUGUGUCACUCUUGGCCCUCUUCAAAGAGAAGAAAGAGAAGCCAAGAUCUUAAGUGAUUUUUCAUCUGCUCUGUUACAAACAUGUUUUGGUCUUAGAUACAAUUUGUGAUCACUUUUAAGACCAUGCUUGGUAAUCAGAUGCGUUUGUUUAAUUCCUUGAAAUUUCCAUGGAUGCUUAGGUUCUUAAUCUAUUCUGUAAUGUUGUACUCUUA